ACGAAGCUUCUUCCGGGAUGACAGACGGAGCUAUUUUUUCAUCCAAAGCGAAGAAAAUAGUGAGUUUGGAUGAUAAAACAAACUAAACCAACGUUUGGAUCGAUAUCUGCAUCGAUCUGCCCACCCUUGUCUCCUGGAUCGUAGAUGAGAUCAGCGUGAACCACGUGGGUCUCUGCUCCCUGAUCUGUUUCCUGUGUUUGGAAAGAGUUCCAGCUUCAUCACGGAGUUUCUCUCGGUUUGUGGGCUCAUCUAAAGCUGAUCAGCAGGAGGAGAAGAGUCUGACGGAGCAGCAGAGGAACAUUUUCAGCCAUCUGGACUCAGCUGAGUCACUACAGAGGAAACAAUGAGCUCAACACAGAAGGACCAACAUGGAGCGAGAAGUCAGAGCUCUCAGGAGGCCGACAAACCUCAGAGAAGAAAGGGAGAUAAAACAUACACCUGUGACGAGUGUGGGAAGAAUUUUGCUUUGAAGGAUAAACUAAAACAGCAUCAGGUCAUCCACACGGGAGUUAAAGCAUACAGCUGUGACUUGUGUGGAAAGUCUUUUUCCUUGAAGAGUCACCUAAAACAACACCAACUCAUCCACAGUGGAGUUAAAGCGUACAGCUGUGAUCAGUGUGGCAGAGCUUUUACUCACAGUAGCAGCUUACAGAGGCAUCUAGUUACCCACUCUGGAAUUAAGGCAUACAGCUGUGACAUUUGUGGAAAAACUUUCAGCCUGAAACAGAGCCGAAAUAUACACCUACGCAUUCACACCAGACAUGAUGUGUACUGCUGUGAACAGUGUGGCAAACACUUUGCUAAACACACAGACUUACAACGCCACAUGUUUACCCACACUGAGGAGAGACCUUAUAAAUGUGACCUGUGUGAGAAGACUUUUAAAUCUCCACAUUACCUGAGAGAACACCAACAGAUCCACACCAGAAAGAGACUCUCCAAGUGCAGUUACUGUGAGAAGCAGAGCGACACAGAUGGAUCCAGUUCUCAACCCUGUCAUCACUGUGGUGGUGGGAAAGAGUUUCAUUGUGACCUUUGUGGAAAAACUUUCAGUCAACAACACAACCUAAAAAGACAUCAACGUAGACACACUGUAGACAAACUGAAAUACUGCAAAGAAUGUGGGAGAAGCUUCCCUACAUCGCAUCACUUAAAAGAACAUGAACUGAUUCACAGUGGGGUUAAAAAUCACCUCUGUGAUCAGUGUGGGUCAUCUUUCACCCUUGCAGGUCAGCUUAAAAAACACAAACGAGUCCACACAGGAGAGAAACCAUACAAGUGUAGACACUGUGACAAAAGCUUCUCAUGUUCAGGUAGUCGUAACAAGCAUGAAUGUACACACAUGGAAGGAAACUACAGCUGCGACCAGUGUGACAAGAGCUUCAGGAAUCUCAGUUCAUACUCCGAACACAAACGAUCCCACGUUAGUAAUAAACUGUUUCACUGUUACCAAUGUGCCAAAAUAUUCACGUCAUUAUCUGCUCUGUGCAAACAUCAGCGUGAUCACUCAGGGCUGAAAUCACUCCCAUCACAGUGAAUCUGAAGAGACAGAAAGACCCUCUUCUGGUUUCAGGGUCAGACUUAAAACCCUUGAGAUCAGGCUCCACAGAGUUCAGAUGUAAAAAUCUGAUGAGACAGCUGUGAACAAAAAUGUUUCUCUAGUAACGUUUUAACCCUCAGGGGUCAACGGCAUGUCAAAAUCACAUGACCAAUUUAAAAGCAAGAAGAUGCAGUAGCUCAAUCUCCAUUUCAACUUUAGUCAAAAGUGUGGACUUCAAACUAUGUACCAGUUUUUAAAUUGUGUUGACAGGCCAUGUAAAACCAGAUUCAUGAUUUUAAAAAAAAAUACAUGCAAUGAUUUUUUUCUGAAUAAAACAGCAUUGUAUUUAGAGCACGAAGAAAGUGUAUAAGCGGCAUUUUCUAAGGAAGGCACUAGCAAACAGUCUCCGCUUGCGGGCAAAAAAAUAAAUAGAUAGAAAAAACAUCCCUUCCCUAUUUGUGUUAAAGUGUACUAUGUCAAUCAAUAAAAAAUUAUAUGGCAACAUAUGGCAUUUGGUUGUUUAGCAAGAUGGAGAAAUUUUAGGAGUGACGCCAGUGAGAUGGAGAGAGUGAGCAAAAGAAAGACAAGUUUUGAGAUGUGAGACAUUAGCGACAGUUACCGUGUUUGCAGUGUUCAGUUGGUGUGUAGUGUAGUCCAUAGGUUUGUUUUGUGUGUCAUAUGAAUGAGGCAACUGCUAAAUGCAAAAAAGCCACCAAUGGCAGUGUUGUGGAUUUUUUUAUGACAUGUAUAUCUAUAUACACUGGACUUAUACUGACAUGUAUACACUGUUGUUACAUUGAAAUUGUUAAAUGUUGUCAUUGUUUUACUUACAUUUGUAAACCUUGUCUUUACCUGUAUGUUUAGAGACAAGAGUUAAUUAAACUUACUGAGUGUGCA